AGCUGAUGCAGUUUACAAUUCCUCAGGCCUGGGCUACACUGGUAAAGAUGAGCAUGGCAAGCCAAUGUGGACAGGGAUGUCCAAUGUCUUUGUCUGGAAAAUUGAGGUGAUUUAUCAUUGAUCAUUUAAUGCUAGAUUUUAACAUGGAGUCCACUCACCCCUGAGUUGGGCGUGUUAGAGGGGUCUUAACAUGGAGUUCACUCACCCCUGAGGUGUGCGUGUUAGAGGGGUCUUAACAUGGAGUCCACUCACACCUGAGGUGGGCAUGGUAGAGGGCUCUUAACAUGGAGUCCACUCACCCCUGAGGUGGGCUUGUUAGAGAGGUCUUUGACUAGAAUACUGGUGUUGGAGACCUUGAAAGGUUAUCUUCCUUCAUUUUCUUUUUGUUCUUUGUAUCAGGAUUACGUGUGCUUCACAACUAUCUUAAAAGAGUGAAUCACUGUCACCUUAGGGCUACUUAAACAGAGUUGUAAUUAAUAUUGUUAUAAUUAGUCUCAAACAUGAACACAUUUUUCUAUGUCUUUUGGUCUCCAUGUAUUAUUCAUUAUCUGAUUUAUGGUUAUGCCAUAUUACGUAGUAAUUUUUAUGGUCAUUUUCCACUCAGACUGCUACUAGUUUAAAAGUUUACCUGGACAACUGGAACAUCUUGACCACCCACUGGCUGCGACACGUGUGCUACAUGCGUGCGCCAUUCCUGAACACCCUGCUCACAUUUAUACUCAGCGCGCUCUGGCACGGCCUCUUCAUUGGUUACUAUGUAACCUUUGUGUCAGCGGCGUUCUUUGUAGAGGCUGGAAGAAAGGUAAAAUGUCUAAACAUCAUCACAACCUCCUCCUCCCCCCCUCCCCUUUUUUCCCCCCUGAUCAAAGGUCCCCAAAAUAACUCAAAGAGACGCAUGGAAAACUACUUUUUUUUUUGGAAGGCCAACGUUAAAGCACUAAGUUUUAGAGGAUAAUUCUAGCUGACUUCUAAUACUUAGUUGGCAGCACUGUUAAGUUAUUUCAAUCGUUAGAUUGAAGACUUCUUUAACAUUGUUUUUGUGAGCUAUUUCAAGAAGUUAAUCAAAGAUUCAAAAGUGAGUUGACAAGUUUCUAUAGACAUUGAUAGAUUUAUUAUUAGAAUUUAAAAUAUUCGUCUGCAUCUACUUCACUUUCUCCUAUCAAAUUCUAAUGAAUCAGAAAAUGUUUUUAUUAAAUGGAUAUCAGGAUUGGUAUUUUCAUUAUUCAUUCUACUUUGAAAAUAAAAAAAAGAUGUAUGCUACAACAUGAGAACAAAAUAUUAUUUAAAUCUCAGCAAGUUUUACAAAUAUUUCAAUAUAACAAAUACAGGCACAGCUCAAUUUCCGUUACAAUUUAUUGUAACGCUAUUUUUUUUUUCCCACCAGAUCCGACAGAACAUCCGCCCAUUAUUCCAGUCAUCAAGAACAUUGAAAAUUGUGUAUGAAGUUAUAUCAUUCCUGGGGACCCAGAUAGGACUUGCCUUCUUGGUCCUCUCAUUUGUUAUUCUGCACUGGGAACCCACAAUACGAUUCCAUAGGUAUGUCAGCACAAGCAGUUUUAUCUCUCUCCUUCUUAAAACAACUGUUUUAACAUUUUUAUUGGAAUUUUUUUUUGGAGAUGCUUUAUGGCUGAACUAUCUUGUAACUCUCAAUGACUACGGUCCAGUUUCAUUCAAACCAUCUUUGAAUAGAUAUUUGACACAAUAAACCAUCUUUGAAUAGAUAUUUAACACGAUAAACCAUCUUUGAAUAGAUAUUUGACACGAUAAACCGUCUUUGAAUAGAUAUUUGACCGUCUUUGAUUAGAUAUUUGACACGAUAAACCAUCUUUGAAUAGAUAUUUGACAUGAUAAAAAGAACAAAACUUUAAAAACAAUUGGCUGGCAGUAAUGGAUUGUUAUUUUCUUCUUCCCCCCCCCCACACCUCCAGCUCUUUUUACUGGUGCUGCCACAUUGUGAUAGGUCUUAUUCUCAUCGUUCUGCCGUCUCGGAGAUCUCCUCGCCCCCAACUUCAGAAAGAACAGCAGCAUGAAAACGGCAUCGAGAAACCUCAGCAUGAUUUACCUAAAGACGCAGAGGAAGUCAUCGGCGACGGUGAUGCUAGGCCUCGUAAACGUGAGGUCAUGUUUGUCCAGAAGUCGUAGGCCAGAUAAAACCAUUGUUUAUUUUGUUGAAAUUUUUAGUCUUCAUUGAUAGAAUUGUUUAGGUAGGUGUUGAUGUUACCAAAAAUUGUUUUAGGCGGAUGUUGAUGUUAGCUGUGGUCCCAGUCGGCCACUUGAUGUUGACCAUCACAUUUCAACAUUUGUUAGAGAUAAUUAGACAUGCCAAAAGUAAUAGGCAUCACUCGCAGUUAAGCCCAGAAUUUCUUAAAGGAUUCAACACACUACACAUAACUGGGUGAAUUUUGUACAAAAUGAUGAGCUGACUUCCUUCUGAUACAGC